AUGCCCCCUCCUGUUCUGAAAGACUCGAAGAGGAUCCUGCUUGCUCGUGUGGUAAAACACAUGACGGCCGAAGCAGAGCUGGUCGUACGAUUGCAUUUCCGGCAUCCUCUAAAUGGCUCUCAGCAGUCAUCGUCUGUGCCCUGGAUUUUGCUUCUUUUGUGGUUCAUCGGCUAUUUCCUACUUACCUGCUCUCCACUAAAAUUAUUUGCAGAAGCCACCUCUAUGCAACGUGAGAGAGCUCUCUCCAUCGAGCUUCCCUUACCGCCUCGAUCUUCUCGGCUCAACCUCCAGGACUCGAAGCUCGAAUUUUCUUAG